AUGGAAAUGGAAGGAGAUGAAAGGGUUUUUGAUGAAAUUUUAAAAAGGCUACCUUCUUAUGAGGCAUAUAGUAAAUUUAAUUCAGAUGAAAAUCUGACUGAAAACAGUAUUUGUAAGGAAGAAAAUUAUACAAAAUGCGUUGACAAAGUUGCUUGUACAAACCUUUGUAAAAAAAUUGAAAGAAAUUUUAAAUAUUUAUCAGAAAUAAGUAAAUCAAAGGAUUAUAAUAGCCAUUGUUUAAAUCACACAUAUUGGGUAAAUGAAGAAAUAAGGAAUUUGUUUAAAUCAAGUUCAAGUAAUAAUAUAGGAGAUGUUGUUAAAGAAUUUGUUAGGUUAGGAUCUUUUCUUAGUACCGAUUAUAGGAUAAAUAAUUGUAAUUACUUUGUUCAUGAAAGCUUAGAAAAACUGAAUAAUAGAAAAAAAGAGAAAUAUUUAUAUGAUUAUUUUACAAAUUAUAGUUUUAUUAAAAAUAAAAAUACUUGUACGGAUGUUAGUAUAAAUAAAUAUAAAAGUUACAUUAAUGCUAUCAGUAAAUUAUACGAAGAUAAAAAAAAAAGUUGUUGUUGGAAUAAUUCAUCGUUGUGCCCACGUUAUUUCUUGAAAUGCGAUGAUGAGUAUAAUCCUAAUAAUCUCCUAUCUGCAUUAGGAUCUACAGGUGUGGAAAAUUGUGAUGGACUAGAAAGUCUUAGAAAAACUAAAACAGUUGAAAAUGAAUUGCAUUCUAAAUUUUUCGAAGAAGAAUUUUUGGACUCAAUUCUUUUUACUACUUGUAAUAUUAAUAAAGAAAGCAGAAAUUUAUCAUGUGGUUUAGUUUCAGCAUCUUACUUGACACGAAAUAUGAAUGUCGUUGAAAACAGUGAAGAACAACGGAAUAAUGAAAGAUAUUCAGGAGGUAAAAAGGCAGAAUACAGUGUAAAUCAAGAAGUGGUUGAGCAACAUAAAGAAAUUAGGAAAAAAGCAGGACUUAUUAGUUUAGAAAAAAAAAAUAACAUGAUUUCCCCCCAAAAAGGAAAACAGAUAGAUCUUAGAUGGAAAUUAGACGCAGAGGGAAAACUGCAUUGUCCUACUAAGAAAUCGAAGGGAGAUACGUUAGAACUUUGCAGGUAUGUAGAAGAACUGGUUAAGCAAGAUAUUCUUAUGAAAGAAGAAAAUUCUAGAGUUUAUCGAUUAAAGGAGGGAAAAACAUGGCCAACGCAAGCAUUAAAUAUAUUUGUUAAAAGAAUUGGUGAAAAUGAAUCAGCGGAACGUUAUUCAGGACGUAUACAAGUUUUAAACUCUAAUCAAAUAACAUUUUCUGAUGAUAAAAAUUCAUUUGAUCAAGAAAAUAUUGGAAAAUAUACAGAAUCUAAUAUAUUACAAAAUACUUUUGUUCGUAUUUCCAUUGUAACUGCUUUAGUAAUGGGAAUAAUUUUUGUUUUAUUUUUUUAUGUUAAAUUUACUCCCUUUGGAUCAUGUAUAUGUAAAGCUAGAAAAAGGAAAAAAAGAUAUAGGAAUAAUUUCUCUGAAUUAAGUACUCAAAGAUUCCCAAGGAGAUUCAUAAAACGUACAUAUAGGAAUUCUGAAAGGAGGAGAUUUAGUGUAGUAAAUAUACAAGAAUGA